CAUGAGCCAUCCAUGCACGAUGUUUGAAGCGGGGAAGCCGCCGCCAGUGUGCUGCUGCCGCCGGGAGCAACAGAAUCACCGGCUUCGUUUUCGUAUGUGGUGACAGUGGCAACGCCCAGAAGACCAAAAGCUGGCUUUGAAGAGUUUCCGCGCAUUUAAUAUUUACACAACGCUAACAUAAAACGAUAGCAGAUGUCGUUGUCCGAAGCGACAUUUUACCGGAUGCUGAGAUUUCAUCUCAAAACACAACGGUGUGAGAGCAAAUCGCAAAAGUGAUUACAUUUCGGCCCAUUCACCGGUGGACGCAUUGACCAUGUGCGCGCAUGUAGUAGUUUCUGCGCACUGCUUGUACCUUAGCGUGUCACGCGACUGCCUUUGCUCGGCUAGUCUCCUUAAAGACCAUUGCUAAAAGUGACUCAUGAUUAGGAACGGGAAAGUACCGUUGAUAAUAGUGACUUGCGCACACCUGCAAGGCGGGAAUUUCUUAGGCAAAUUGAGGCUUUGUAUGUAUUUGUCCCUUCGAUGUUGUUCCAGCCUCAGAACAUCAGUUCUUUCACGUUUAACUUAGGUCUGUUGCGUGGUUGUUUUGCGUAUUAGGACAGGCACACGCUUUCACGACGUCUGCGGUGGCCACACACCGAUUAUUUUGUCCAAAGAAACCUGUCAAACAAUAUAUAUUGUAAAAACUAUAUAUAAAUAUAAUAUAUAUUGCAAAGAAUAUAUUGUACACAGGGGGUCGGGCCGCGUCAAGCUGCGCACUAGCAGCUUUCUGCCUGACCUCCCCACCAACUUGUUUGGAAAAAUAAAGAAUUGAAUUGAAUUGAAUUAAAAUGUCCCGAUCACGCAACACUUUGGGGGAGGGAGGGACGAAGCGCUGGUUCGGCCUCUCAUACAAAAGCACGCUUCGAGACUGGGGAUCAUGUUUCGACCAGGGAUCGGAACCGGGACUGAACCAGAACCGAAAAACUCUAAAAACCCGCAUCUUUCGCUCAACCGUAACUGAACCGAACAAGUAUAUAUUUUUUUCUCGCGUUGAACAGAACUGGAACGGAACCGAAAUAAAUUUAAGCGGUCACUGUUCUUGCUUUUAACAAAUGGCAGUCGCUUAAAAUUGACUUUCCUGAACCGGUUUAAACCAGUUUGAACAGCUAUUUUGCGCUGUAGCGGAGCCGAACCGGAGCCGAAUCCGUAUGUCUGAACCCGAACAGAACCAGAAAAAAUAACGGUUCCAAUCCCUGGUUUUGACUGCCGCACAGCGCCGACCGUGUGCUUCGGCUAUUUCUAACUUUUAUUUCUGCCGUUUGCAGUUUUUCUGUGGUAUGCUGAAUUUGCCAAAAAGUUUCUUGUUUGCCUUGCACAACAUGAUGCUUGCCAGUAAGUAUAUGCAGAAAAUGAAUGAGAAGCAGAAGUGCAUGCAAAAGUGGCUUAAGAUGCAUCUUGCGUAUUAUUAUUAUUGUACUUUGUCUCGUAGGUUCCAAUUAAUCUUGAUUUGCUUCAACUAAUUUUCCAGCAGUCCCAGGUCUAGUCCACUUCGUUCCGACACACAUGUCAGCAAAGUGUUUUAAAAGGACUGGUAACCAAUUGAUUUCCUAAAAUGCAACCGCCGAUUCAUUAGCCACCCUAUUGGCCCAAUAUCAACCGUUCUGACUGACAAUAAAAAUGUGAGGCACGCCUCCAAUGUCGUUGACGGUGAGGGCCCAUGCGCGGACAAGAAAUCUUCUACCGAAAACUGCCCCAGGGUGGUUACCGGAAAUACCCCCGUCGGAAAUACCGUUCCACGCCUGUUACGGAGCGUAUCGGAUGUUACAAGGGCACUACUAAACGAUGAUUUUUCACAGAUGAAAGUGACUUAAGAAAGCUGUCACUCUUCUGGAAAUGUAGGUCGGGCCUUACAUUGUCUCACUGCCAGUAAGUACAAAGCAAACUAGCUGAGGUGGGCUCCGUCUACAAACCAACGCAACACACAAUGCCUCCAUGAUUACCAGUUAGGGAUGCCAUUGUAGUGUAAAGGCAGCACCGCUAACAGGUAAUCCGGAGGCUCCAGGUUCAACACCUGGCACUGCCGGUCAUUGCCAUUUUCCAUUCACUUGCCCACAUUUGUGUCCAUCGGGACAAAAAAACAUAUCAUAUGGACACAGAAACAAGUUUUGUAGCGUUUUGCCAUGACACAAGCGAUCGUUGUCAUUGCUGUGGUGCAAGUACGUGGCUAUUUGCAUGAUGAGCAGAUCUAGUUGCUGCAAUGCUUCAGACCUAUGUCCUAAUGAUAUCCAUAGUGGUUUACAAUGAAAGUUACGCAGCCCAUGCGAGAAAUCUGAUUUAACGAGUUUUCAGGUUGGGUGUACUUACGACUUGCAGGAAGUGAUGGCCUUUGUCAAAAAUAUUGUUCUUGUCAGCACUCAAUAGACCAGUUUCCGCAGGUGACGUCACAAGGCCAAUGUGCGUAAAAAGAAAUUAACAGAGAGUCAGGGACAAUGACAACACAGCUUGCCAGAAAUUACCAUUCGAUACCACCUGAGUCAAUCUGCAACUACAUUCGGCAAUCAGGAGUCGUCGUGUUCGUGUGCCCAUACAGCAAUGGCGUCUUUUCUUUGUAAACGGAAACAGGCCCAUAUAUCAGAGGGCUGCUAUAUUUCAUCAUUACACCAACAUUAAGGACACGAGGAAGCAUUGCUUAUUUUUAAAGCACAGUGUUGCAGUGUACAUAAAAUUACGUGGCUGCAGGUUGAAACAGUCUUGUGGAAUCUGUCAGCCAGUAGGGGUUUGAGGGCUCUAACCCUAUGCCUGAAAUUGUACCUUUGUGGUGCGUUUGGGAGAGUGAAUCAGGGCAAGAUCCUCCUCCCUGUGUAAAGUCCCCGUAGAACUCAUCCAGAAAUAUUUUUCUGGCUAUGUCCCGGGUGUAUGUCACCCAUGUACAAGAAACCGGGAAAGUGCUGUUUGCAAUGUGCGCAUCAAAGGAAUAUUGUCCUUGGUCAGUGAUAGUCAUUUGGACGUUGCUUAGAUGUGGUACGUGAUAUUUAUUGUGAAGCAGUGCAGUGUGUUUAAAAAAAAUGCUUUCUCAUAAAAUCUGAUAGCCUACCACAAAAAUUUCCGUACACCUUAGAGCAUCCCUCGCGAGAUGCUUUGGUUUUGACAAAAAAUCUUAUUCACUCGAAGUGUUUGGAAUGCACAUAAUCACAUUUGCUUUUGUGUUGCAGGAUUCUGGAUCAUGCCAUGCAUAAUAUUGACUCAGUUGAGUGCAUGUCACCAUCCUGUGCUGCCCCAAUGUGUCUGAAGAAAUUGAAAGAUUUUUGCGAAACAAGAAAUGUGAUUUCAGUUGUAUACUAUACUUUUGUUGCACGUAGAGAUGACUUCAAUGUUUUUUACUUUCACUGGAAGUUCUCUUCCCUUGUUUUUGAACAAGCUUUUAUUGGAACGUACUCAAGAUACAGAGGAUCAGAGACGUUCUUUUUCUAACACAAGUGGCUUGUAUUUGAGGCCAGGUUGCAAAACUUUGCAGUUUGUAUUUUGCGAGCUGUCAGUCUGUGUUACAGUGGCUACACCCGUACCAAACAGGAAGAAACAAUGGCAGCGUGUAACAUCAGCUCGGUCCAGAAUGCCAUUUCUUACAAUAGUUGCGCUACACAUCAGAUUGGAAUGACAUGAAAUGUGACGACGUUGAUGUGGGUCUCCCACUAGCUGUGUAAGAGAUGGGGUGUUUGAAGAACAUAAACAUGUUGAAAGAGACUGAAAAUACCCAUACGAUCACAAAAGUGAGAAAAUUUGCUUUAUUUCAUAAUCGACGGUUGCACGAUGUUGGGAAAGCUGGCUCAUAUGGCCCGUUAGGUCGCAGUUUACAACAAAAGCAAAUAUGUAAAAGAGCAAUUGUCAACAACACCAACAAUACUGUUUUUGUGUAACCACAUAAAAUAAUCACGCGGUGCGCAGCACAAAAUGGCUUUAUGGUGGCUUUAUGGAAUUUUUAAAUUGCUCCUGUGCUCUGACAAUGGGAGUGAGGGAUCUCAAUUCGUGGAAACUAUCAUUCGGAAGAAUGUCACUAAAUAUCUCUGUAUAGCGUGGCACAAGUGACAGUCAUUAACACUUAGGCACUUCAUUUCAUUUUUCGUGCUCGUGUCGCAGGGGUAUUAAUUUAUUGCGACUUGCUCAACGCAAAUAAUGUAAUAUAGCUUUGUGUACAGGUAACUGAGCUAGGUUUCUAGAAGGUACCUUUUGGUUUCCUUACAUGCCACGCUACUGUUGUGCUUAGCUAUGUGCUAUUCUAUUCAAGUCCUUUGACUAAGUACUAAGGGCACUGAUUUUUAUACUUCUAUGUGAUGUAGUGUGUAGUCUUCCACUGGAUAUUUCACUGUUUUCGUUGGUAGAAUAUCUCAUGCGGUGUGAUCACUCCAGAUGAUAAAUAUUUUGUGCUCUUGUAUGUGCGGUCAGUCCAGAUUUUGAAGACCCGUUUCUCCUCUUGUCCUUGAUGGUGUUGCCUUUUUCAGGCUCUACACCUGCCAAGAACAGCACAGUGCACGUGAUCUUUCUAAGAAAACAAAACGAAGCACCCGCUAGGGCAGAAGUGAACAAGCCAGCAGCAACUGUCCAGGAGCUUGCAAGGACGUCAUCCCGUCAACUGCCAGCAUGCCAGUCCAAGACAGUCACACUGCCAGAGACUUCAGCAAACAAACCAAUGCAGAUAAUUGUCAUGGCACCUUCAGAAUCGCCCACAACUGGUUCACCGCAGACAGUAACAAGUGGGUCACCCCAACAGAAGGGCAGGACAUCACCACGCAUCGUGGCACUUCCUCAGACAACAAAAUUGCUGAGGGGUGUAAGAAUCCUUCCACCUAAGCAGACGGCUUCUUCGUCCCGUGGGGAAAUGGUCCCUGCGCUGGAAAUCAAAGCAAUACCGCCUCAGCCCCCAGCAUCAUCUACUAGGGUUGUUACUACCGCGACUGUGGCAGGCAGCUCAGCAGCUCCUGCCCCGUCAGGCACUCCCACUAUAGAGCAGGCAGUAAGUGUGCAGGGGCCAAGAACGAGGUCCCGAAAAGGUGCAGAAAUACAGACUACACCCAGAGCUUUGCGCAAAACCACGGGAAGACCAGCCAUCUUGCGGAAGAAGAGGGCUGCGCGGAAGAAAGAGGGCACCCAGGCACCCACGCGUCAGAACGUGAUCACUCUUGCACUUCACGAAGCAAAAAUUGGUCAGGAGGUCAUCGUCGACGCUGCCGAUCAGGACGUCACAAUCGAAGGUGAAUGCGUCAGUGCCGAAGCUUCAACAGCUGCAGGCCAGCAAGGUGCUGAGGCAGCGGGAAAGAGGACGAUAACUUAUACCGUCCAGAAAGGAAGCAAGACCCUGUACCUCUGCAACACCUGUCCCUAUACCACAGGUAGGAAGUCCCAUCUCGUCGAGCAUGAGAGAAGUCACACUGGCGAGAAGCCAUUCAAGUGCAGCUACUGCGAUUACGCGUCAACGCGCAACUGCCACCUCAAGGAUCACGAGCGUAUUCACACAGGAGAAAAACCCUAUAAAUGUGAUGUAUGCGAUUAUUCUGCAAGCAGAAAGCAUCAUCUGAGAGAUCACCUGAAGACCCACUUCAAACCUCAAAGGAAGAAGCGCAAAGUGGUUUCCGCCGAUGAAAAUGUUGAUUAUGAAAUAGUCACAAUAGAAGAGGAAAGGGAACAGCACUGAAGAUAAGACGUGUGCUUCGAGAAAGAUCAUCUAUAUUUUUGGGACAGCCCAGUUCUUCUUUCAGCAUCCCAUUCAGAGAUUGUUUGACACACUGCACCUCUUGAUCUAGGACUUGCAUCUGCACACCUUGAGUUUUCCCUCCGCUGACUUGUGUUAUGUACUGCAAGUAGGGUUUCCAGUUUUCUAUGAUUAUAAUUUUUGAGAGCUCCCCAAGAAAAUGAGCUCAAAACCAAAUUACAGUGGCACAAGAUGGAAUUGGCUGAUAAUAUCAUGAAAUAACGGAUAACUUAUCUUUGUCACCUAUCGUCACCCUGCCUCGUAACACCACGGAAAAUACUAUCAGGGAAAACCAGAAAUCGUAAAUACAAAUUAUGAAAACCGCCUUUCAUGUAUCUUUAUUGUGUCUACAUUAAACGCUUCCCUUGUUCACUCUA